UCGAACUGCUGAGUCUUGCCUCAAGUCUUAUCGGAGAAGGCUACAAGCAUCGUGCAGCAGCAGCAGCUUCGUGCGGAGGGAUGGGGAGGCUCGAAGAUCAAAGCGCUACUGCUUCUGCUUCCUCUGCUGGUGCGCCCCUACCAACGCCGAAGAUGGAUACUGCGCGACCAGGAUGCACGCGUGUCAACCUUGCGGACUACGAACGACGUGCAAAGGUUGUGCUGUCGAAAGGAGAGUUUGACUACUUCGCAGGCGGUGCGAACGACAUGGUUACUCUCAGGGAGAACAGGGCUGCGUACAGGCGUCUACGGCUACGGCCUCGCGUGCUGAGAGACGUGUCUUCAGUUGACACCACACGCACGGUGCUUGGUGAACGCAUGGCGCAUCCCAUUGGAAUCUCGCCCACAGCUGAACACCGCGCUGCCCAUGAUGACGGUGAGUUGGCCACGGCGAGGGCUGCUGCUGGGACUUGUUCGAUGAUGGUGGUGAGUUCGUCGGCAACGACCGCCCUGGAGGAUGUGGCCACCGCCGGUGGCCCCAACAUGCGGCGCUGGUUUCAGCUUUCGUUAUCAUCGCGCAAGAACAGAGCAGUGCUCGCCGGGCUCGUUAGGCGAGCCAACGCGGCCGGGUACACCGCGCUUGUCGUUACCGUGGAUCGCCCCGUGCUCGGCCGGAGGGAGGCGGAUCUGCGGAACUGCUACGAGUUGGCCUCUAGGCUUGCGGAGGGCCGAGUGGUAUCGGCAACAGGGGCACGCAUCGGUCGCCGUCCCGACGGAACCAUUGAUUUGGGACAGGCGUCUGACGCUCGGCCUGAAGCAGGGAAGAGUCUGAACUGGGACGACGUUCACUGGCUGAGAACUAUCUGCGGGGACAUGAAGAUAGUGCUCAAGAGUGUGAUGACGAGGGAAGCGGCGGAGGAGGCACUGGCGCACGGAGUGGACGCGCUGUGGGUCUCUAAUCAUGGAGGGCGACAGCUAGACACCGUUCCGGCUACAAUUGAGAUCCUUCCAGAGGUGGUGCAAGCUGUGCGUGGACGUUGCGAAGUCUUCGUGGACGGAGGCAUCAGGCGGGGCACGGACGUGCUGAAAGCGCUUGCCCUGGGCGCAACAGCUAUUUUUGUCGGCCGACCUGUCAUCUGGGGGCUAGCCCACAGUGGUGAAGAUGGAGUGACGGAUGUCAUCAACCUACUCAACGAAGAGCUCGUCCAAGCGAUGCGGCUCAUGGGCUGCAAAAAGCUUGCUGACAUCGAGCGAAGCAUGGUCGUACACCAAAGCUCCUUCCACGCUAAGCUCUAGGCAGCCAGCCCGGCAGUUACGAUGUUGGCGUUGUACUGUAGGGUGUGAUUUCUUCGGCUCACGAGUGGAAUCAAGGAAUCGAGCUAUCCAAAGCGUAUCGAUGCAUUUCUCGGAUCUUGUGUUGUACUUCGUAACUUCAUAGUAGUCGUGGUGAUGCAGCCAAAGGCUGAAGCGAUUUAGUUCCCCCACUCGGUAUUUUUUGUGUUUUUUCCCCUGCUAGAAAGAAACGUUUCCUGAAGAAAACAGAAGCGCGAUUUCCAAUGGAAACAAAUCAAUCUCCCUUCACGACGUUGUAUGAACACAAAUGUCACACGUUCAUGUUGACCCUAUAAAACAACUGUACCCACAGACUAAUCUCACUCUCACUCGUACGUUGCUACUUACAAAAAAAGCUUACAGCAAAAGGCAGCAGAUUCGAAUGUGUGAAAAAAAUUCGUCCAUGGUCCAAACAACCAGCACUACAAAUCAAUCGCUGCGUGUUUGUCUUCAUGACGUCCAACCACCUGACUGAGUAAUUCAACGCGGAACAUCUUCCGCGACCACAGCAGUCCAACACAAAAACACACCCAGAAAAGUCCUGCUAAUAGCGUCUAUCUGCACCCAUGAAAUCACCUGGGUUCCUAAACAAAUUCAUUCGUGAUCACGAUAUCACGCGGCCGAACUGUACCAUAAAUCACACCAACGUCGUACGGCCGAAAUGUAGUUAUGGUACACGAUUAGGGGCUUCCCCCCCUGCCCGAUGGGGCCAAUAUUUCUCCGGCCAAUCACUUGCGGAUACGGUAGCGUGUACGUACACGCUUGCUCCCCUCUCCUGACCAAAACGUACACCUCUUUCGUCUAGUGAAUUUCUUUCAGUUACCAAUGUCGGAGAGUGAUAUUUCCUUUCUCCCACGUUCUCCGCUCCUUUCCCCCCUCUCGCUUCUGCCACUAAGCUUCCAACAACACUCACAACAAAGAUUUACACAUGAAUCGCAUCCCUGCCCUGCUGAAAAAACACUCGGAGCAAGUAUAUGUUGCAGCAGACCCUGCUAAGGCUCCUGUCUCCAACUCCUCAACUUCCUUGGAUUUCUCGCAGCCCAGAAAUAAAUACACAGAAGGUACUAGGCAGAGAUAACGGAACGGGUUUUUAAGGUGAUGACAACAAUAGCAACAACAACAUGCCUACCCUCGACAGCAGGCGGAGGCUACAAUAGCCUCCACGCGCAACCGCAACAUCCAACCAGGC